UUUGCGCCCCGUACAACGGCCAAUCGGCCAGUUCGUCGCCGGCAGUUCGUGAAAGAGGUAUUUUCGCACAUCGUUCUGCGUUCGCUCUAGAAUCGAGGACUUUCUGCAUCACCGUCCACCGAUUCUGCCUUCGCUAUUUUCUCUUUAUACAUACAUCGUUUGUUCCUUACGCGUCGAUUUCUAACUUCAUAUUUUCCUUUUAGCACUGACCGUUUAGUACUUCUAUCUCUCUCACUCUCUCGGCUUUUCUUUCUGAGCCUGCGCGUUCUUUACAACGUGUUUUCUACGACCGGCAAGUAAUCUUCUUCGAAAUUCUACCGGGUAACAUCUAUGGAUUCGUUAGGAUGUGUGUUUCGUACCAUUCGCUGCCACGUAUGUCGGCAUGUGAGCAAAUUGCCGAGUGUUUGGUGACGUGUUAAAACGCGGCCAUUUCCACUGGUCACGAACGAGAUAGAGAGCGAGUUGUCUGAGAUAGAGAGAGAAAGAGUGUGUGUGGAUGAGAAAGAGAGAGAGCUUGAAAGACGACUAUUUCGUAUAUGUUACUUACUCCAAAUUUUGCAAGUUCGUCAUCGGACGUUUCGAUUCCACUAGAGAAACGUACAUCUUUCGAUUACUUGUCGUUGUCGAACGUUUUGCAAAGUCGAACAUAGAGUAAGAUCAAAAAAUGGAGCAUAGAUGAUCGGUUGUCACAUUGCUCGGUGUCGAUGCGUUAAGGUAGUUUCAAGAUAUUCGCGAGUUAUUCGUUGCAAAUUAGCAGAUGGUGAAAUGUUGAAGAAAAAAGAGCGAGAAAUAACUGGGGACCGGUCCCAUAAGUAAUGAAGGGUAAAAGUCGCGUCGAAAAUAAUUUCGAUACGUGACUGUGACGCGUUACCGGCUUACGCCGGUUAUGCCGCAUGCCGGCGCUCGAAACGAAUGCGAUCAUUUAAAUUCCGAUGUACCUCGACAAGUAAAGUGAUUCAACAGUUCUUUUUUUCUGGUGAUGUCGAACAAAAUUUCGAUGGAAAUAAUGCCGAUCGAUGCGGCGAAAGAAACGAGGAAACGUCAUUGUAAUAGUGCUGCGCCGUCGGCUAACCUGUCGGCUAACCUCAAUCUCCCAACUCACCGGAAGAAACGAACACGUGCGCAUCAGACAGGUCGUUUCAUUGCCGGGAAGCAGAGGUCAAGGUCUGAAACGGAAACAACGAACAACAUCCGAGGAAUCUGUCCGAGCUGGUGGAAUAGUAGCAGCACAGGGCGACGCACUCUCCGGCGAGUAACGAGAGAGGUAGAAGGAAAGAGGGAGGAUGAUCGCGCAGAGGUGGCAAGGGAAACUGGAAACCACGACGGUACACUUGCGGCUCUCUCUCAGAAGGUGGAUAAUGACAUUCGUGGUCAAGUACGUGCGAAAAGAGGAGGACCAUGAGCCGGAGGACGAACAGAGGCAGCGAAACUCGCCAAGGAUAGCCGGCCCGAGUAAAUACCUUCAAAUUUUAAUGAUCCUUGCUAUUAACCGUUUAAGUGGAACGGGCUAUUGCAAAAAUAUCUUUGACCAGCGCAAUCGCUCAAUUAAUCGAAGCAAACACGAGAGGGAGGGUAGUAAAAUUGUGAAAGAAAAUGCUGAAAAAAGGAGCUGGAAAAGGGGAUAGACAGGACGUAAAGGAGCCGCGGCAAGAAAGGCAGUCAGAGGGUCGGUCAAUUUUCCUUAAAAAUAUCCUGCAGACGUGUGGUACGAGGCGGAAAAGAGAGGACGGUUGGCAGAGGUGGUGCUAAAGGAGGGAUGAGUGAGGGCUGCAGGAGAGCAGAAAAGGAAAGGGAUGACGUAGGGUAACACGGGAGUACGCGAGGUGGUAGUAGUAGUAGUAGUAGUAGUAGAGGUCGUCGAUACGAUACGCGGCGGCCUCCUGGAGAAGAGGUUGGGGUAGGCUCUCUCCCAACCCCUUCCGCCUCCAUCCACCUACCUCUCUCGCUCUCUACCCCUCUAUCCUCCCACAGCAAAACCUCACCCCGACCGGGGGCUCGAUCGAUGCCAGACAGUCCUGUUCACACGACCAAAUCCUGCCGAAUAUACAUCGUCCCUAGAAGUUGGGGUAGGGUAGCUCCUAACUCUGCUCACCCUUCUUCCUUGUCACAGUCGCCUUCGUAAGAACAGCUCACAGUGACACUCUUUGAUUUUAACGAGCCUUUGCAUCCUGAUACACCGACUAAUAGCGUUCCGAUACACUGCAGCUACUGCAGCCGUCAACAACCAUUUCGAGUGUGGGUCGCGUUUCCUGGGUGUUUUAGAUACAGCAAAAGAAUAUUUAUCCACUUUUAACUACCUGUUCUCUCCUCGAUUCGUUAGAUUAUAAUUUUCCUUGGCAAUUAUUUGACAAUAAAUAAAUUUAUCUUCGAAAUUGAAUUUCUCUCCGUUCAAAGAGAUCCCCGACGGCCGUGUUUCUAUCUCCCGUUUCCAGCCUCGUUUUCCUCGCCCUUCUCCUCGAGCACUCUCUGAUCCUUUCCUUCUUUAUAGAACCCUCAGACGUAAACGCCUCGGGUUCCAACUAUUUACAUAUUACGUGCACCAAGCCCUUUCGCAAUCCUUCUCAUUGUUCGAAAGGGUACGAUGAGUAUUCGCUUCGGUAAAUUCGUUUGCCAUGUUCGUCGCUAACAAAAAUCGUUUUUGAUCGUAUAUACACUCCUGAAGGAAACGCUCGUUAAAAUCAUUUACAUCGUUGAAAAAUACAGCCUCAUAUUUUCACGGUUGAUCCACAUUGACGGAACGUUAUUUGUACAUUAAAAAAAAAAAAGAAAAAAAGAAAAAAGAAAAUUUUGCUUUCGUUCAUCUUCUUUCAGUUGUCUGAUCCUUGCUGUCUGUUUAUUGCAUCACAGACACAAAGAUGCUGCGAAUCUCGCUCUCUUUCAAUCUCCAUGGAUGUUUCUCUCUUAAUCCUUUUCUCCUCGAGUAUCUCUUUGCUUCUGCCUUUUUCUUCCUCCCUUUUUAUCGUUUUAUGCGCUUCUCGUGCCAUUUUCUGUAUGCAUUAUUCAGGGCAUAUAUAGUGGAACGGUUCGUGACGGGCUAACUGGCGCACCACCGGAAGUUAGGCAAACGAGUCCUGAGUGGGCUGGUGGAUCGUCGCGUCUCCACGGAUACACCGUCUGCUGAUUUUCAUCGGUUUUUCCUUACCUUUCAACGGACAUUUUGCAAUCUUUCUCCGUCGUCUGGAUUUAUCUGGAUUGUUCUUAGAGUUACCAAUUUAACCCUUUCUGUCGCAUAUCAAUUGGAAAAAUACCGGAUCAACACUAAAAUGUUAGCGAUAGAUUUGCGACGACUAUGAUACCCCACGGUAUAAAGGGUUUAAGGGAGUCCGGUUCUGUUUUUUCUCUUUCCUUUGGAAGAGAGUAUUG